AAAGAGACACCCCCCCGAGUCAAUGGAUCCAGAAGCGUGGUGUAAGCUCAUUCAUGGGUUGUUCACAACUCCCGAGUAUAUGAAUCGUUCUGAAAAAAAUAAGGCAAACAGAGCAAAACAACUUUAUGGAAGUUAUCACGGGAGUCAAUCUCUUGCCAAUAGGCGACACAAAGAGGUUAAAGAAACCGGGCGAGCCCGCUAUGUUGAAGGUUGGAAAGAAAUGCAUUGUAAGAAAGGCAAAUGGAUUAACGACAAUGCAAAACAUGCUUGGGAAAACAUUGAAGAAGAGUAUAAUAGAUCAUUGUCGUGCUCGGGUGGGGAUGAAAUGGCGGUUGAUCAAGUUGGGUGUCUUAAAAAAGCUUUAGGGACUCGCCAUUCUCACUUACGGGGCGUUGGACGAGUUUUAAAAAGUGUAACACCCGAGCUAUUCCCUAAUGUAAAUAGGGAUGUAGAGGAUGAGCGUUGGCGAAGACAAGAAGAAGCUAAUGAGAAGUUGCGAAAAGAUAAUGAGGCUUUGAAAGCACAAAUGAAACAUAUAUUAAAGUUGGUACUUCCCGGCUCGUCAUUUCCACUUGAAGAAGAAGAUGAUCAAGAAGAGGAACAAGAAGAUGAACAAGAAGAUGAUGACUUUGUGUAACUUAGUUUCGUUUUACUUGGAAGAAUGUAUUUAAAUGAUAUAUUGCAACUUUUAAGUAUUUAGAUGUUAUGUCUAUUAUAUUAGAAUUGACCUUAGUUUGAUUUUGAAAUUUGUCGUUUGAAUGAA